AUGGAGCUGGAGAACAUCGUGGCCAACACCGUCCUGCUGAAGGCUCGCGAAGGAGGUGGAAGCAAGAGGAAAGGCAGGAGCAAGAAGUGGAGGGAGAUCCUGCGGUUCCCACACAUCAGCCAGUGCGAGGAGCUGCGCAAGGGGCUGGAGCAGGACUACGGCAGCCUGUGCCAGAAGCAGCCCAUCGGCCGCCUGCUCUUCCGGCAGUACUGCGAGACGCGGCCGGAGCUGGGGCGCUGCAUCCGCUUCCUGGACGCUGUGGCAGACUAUGAGCUGUCCCCCGAUGAGAAGCGAAAGGAGAUGGGAGAGGAAAUUAUCCAUCGGUUCCUCAAGCAGGAGUCCCCAGAAUUCCUGCCUGAGGUCAGCCGGGCCCAUGCCAGCCACUGCCUGCAGGACCUGCAGAAGAGCCCCUGCAAGGACCUCUUCAGCAGCUGCCUGUGCUCCCUGCACCAGUACCUGGGGGGGGACCCCUUUGCUGCCUACCAGGACAGUAUGUACUUUGACCGCUUCCUGCAGUGGAAGUACCUGGAGAGGCAGUCGGUCACCAAGGACACGUUUCGGCAGUACCGGAUCCUGGGCAAGGGCGGCUUCGGAGAGGUGUGUGCCUGCCAGGUGAGGGCCACGGGGAAGAUGUACGCCUGCAAGAAGCUGGAGAAGAAGCGGAUCAAGAAGCGGAAGGGGGAGGCAAUGGCGCUGAACGAGAAGCAGAUCCUGGAGAAGGUCAACAGCCGCUUUGUGGUGAGCCUGGCAUAUGCCUACGAGACGAAGGACGCGCUCUGCCUGGUGCUGACCAUCAUGAACGGUGGGGACCUGAAGUUCCACAUCUACAACAUGGGCAACCCUGGCUUCGAGGACGAGCGCGUGGCCUUCUACGCAGCUGAGAUCUGCUGCGGCCUCCAGCACCUGCACCAGGAGGGCAUCGUCUACCGGGACUUGAAGCCAGAGAACAUCCUCCUGGAUGACAAUGGCCACAUCAGGAUCUCUGACCUGGGGCUGGCUAUCAAGAUCCCUGAGGGUGAGACCAUCCGUGGCCGUGUGGGCACCGUUGGCUACAUGGCCCCAGAGGUGAUCAACAAUGAGCGCUACACCUUCAGCCCCGACUGGUGGGGCCUGGGCUGCCUGGUGUACGAAAUGAUCGAGGGGCAGUCGCCCUUCCGUGCCCGCAAGGAGCGGGUGAAGCGCGAGGAGGUGGAGAAGAGGGUGCAGGAGGAGCAGGAGUCCUACUCUGACAAGUUCAGCCAGGAGGCUCGGGCCAUCUGCCAGCUGCUGCUGGCCAAGGACCCCAAGCAGCGGCUGGGCUGCGGGGCCGGUGGCGCGGCCGAGGUGAAGCUGCAUCCCUUCUUCAGCACCAUCAACUUCAAACGCCUGGAGGCUGGCAUCAUGGCACCCUCCUUUGUGCCAGACCCCCGGGCAGUUUACUGCAAGGACGUGCUGGACAUUGAGCAGUUCUCCACCGUGAAGGGAGUCAACCUGGACCAAACCGACUCCGAUUUCUAUGCCAAGUUUGCCACCGGCAGCGUCUCCAUCCCCUGGCAGAACGAGAUGAUCGAGACUGAGUGCUUCAAGGACCUCAACGUGUUCGGACCUGCUGGGACUCGCUCCCCAGACCUGGACUGGAGGCAGCUGCCUGAGCCCCCCAAGCGCAGCCUCCUGCAGAGGCUCUUCCGACGCCAUCCAGCUGACUACACCAUCAGCACCACCACCCCGCCCAGUGCCCUGGCCGCUGUGAACUCGCAUCCUCCCGUAGCCAAGUCCAGCUGCCAAACCCCUGCCACAGCACCAGCACCAUCCUGA